AAAUGGACCUGGGGUCCCAGUGGUUGGGGCGCCAUCCUGCUUGUGAAUUGCAACCCUGCUGAUGCAGGCCAGCAACUUGAGGACAAGACCAACAGAGUGAUCUUUUCAGAGGAAAUAAAGAAUCUGUCUCAGAUGACACUGAAGGUCCAAGGCCCCAGCUGCCUCUUAAAGAAAUAUCGGCUGGUCCUUCACACCUCCGAGGAAGAGUCAAAGAAGGCAAGAGUCUACUGGCCCCGAAAAGGCAACUCCAGUACCUUUGAGUUGGUGCUGGGGCCCAGCCAGCAUGCCUACACCUUGGCCCUCCUCAGGGACCACUUGAAAGAGACCUUCUACUUCAAAGCUAUGGUGUUUCCGUCCGCCGAAUUCUCAGGCCUGAUCACCUACUCUGUAUCCCUGGUGGAGGAGUCUCAAGACCCGUUAAUUCCAGAGACUCUGCUGUACAAAGACACGGUGGUGUUUCGGGUGGCUCCCUGCAUCUUCAUUCCCUGCACCCAGGUGCCUCUGUGCAGGGAGCUGCAGCUGCAGGGUUUUGUGGACACAGUGACGGAGCUGAGUGAGAAGAGCAACAGCCAGGUGGCCUCUGUCUACAAGGACCCCGGCUGACUGGGCAGGUGGCUCCAGGAUGAGAUGGUCUUCUGCUACACCCAGGCACGCCACAAGACCACAUCCUUGAUCCUUGACACGCCUCGAGCCCCCAAACUCGAUGAGUUCCCCAUGAAAUACUCACUGAGCCCCGGUAUUGGCUACAUGACCCACGACACUGAGGACCAUAAAGUGGCCAGCAUGGAUUCCAUCGGGAAUGUGAUGAUGUCCCCACCUGUCAAGGUCCAAGGGAAAGAAUACCCCCUGGGCAGAGUCCUCAUUGGCAGCAGCUUUUACCCCAGCAUGGAGGGCCGGGCCAUGAGUAAGACGCUCCGAGACUUCCUCUAUGACCAGCAGGUGCAAGCACCGGUGGAGCUCUACUCCGAUUGGCUAAUGACUAGCCACCUGGAUGAGUUCAUGUGUUUCAUCCCCACAGAUGAGAAGAGUGAGGGCAAAAAGGGCUUCCAGCUGCUCCUGGCCAGCCCCAGCGCCUGCUACAAACUCUUCCAAGAGAAACAGAAGGAAGGCUAUGGUGAUGCUUUUCUGUUUGAUGGAGUUAGAGCAGAUCAGCUCCUGUCUAACAGAAGGGAAGCCAAAACCAUCGACCAACUUUUGGGUGAUGAAAGCCUGAGGAAGCAGAAUUAAUACGUGGAGAAGUGUAUUCACCUGAACCAUGACAUCCUGAAGACAGAGCUGGGCCUGGUGGAACAGGACAUCAUCGAGAUUCCCCAGCUGUUCUGCUUGGAGAAGCUGACCAAUGUCCCCUCUGAUCAGCAGCCCAAGAGGCUCUUCGCAAGGCCAUACUUCCCUAACCUGCUGCAGAUGAUUGUGAUGGGCAAGAACCUGGGGAUCCCCAAGGCUUUUGGGCCCCAAAUCAUGGGUACCUGCUGCCUGGAAGAAAAGAUGCGCUGCUUGCUGGAGCCCCUGGGCUUCAAGUGCACCUUCAUCAGUGACUUCGACUGCUACCUGGCAGAUGUGGGAGACAUCUGUGCCUGCGCCACCGUCCACCGGGUGCCCUUUGCCUUCAUGUGGAAGAUGGUGCCUUAG